AUGAGCGCUGCGGCUGAACCAGAAGACCAAGACACGGGGGAAGUGGGCAUCGAUUAUAAAGAAACCUGUCGCUGGCAGACGAGCCAAACGCAGAAAGCAUGGGACUACUAUCCGUCCGAAUCUCCGUCGAAAGAGCGCUACUCCGACGACGACUAUUACUAUUCUGAUGAGGACGACAGCUCCUCGUCAUCACGACCGAGCCGCUCCGGUUACAGCUCACGCAGCGUCUCGGACACGAUAGGCGGCGGCCGCAGCACCACCGGCGCUGCUCUGCUGCUACCGAAACGACCCCAAAACACAUCCUCCAGAGGCUUCUUCAGCAGAUAUCGCUUCCGUCUGCCUACGAAACUGACACGCUAUGUCCUGUUGCUUGUACUGGGCACCACACUGCUCUUCAUCUUCUCGCUAGUACGGGCCAGUCAGGUCGAAAACUGGAAAAUCGCCAACGGCAAGGUACCGACCCGCCCAGCACCUCCGCCAGCGUGGGAGAAGUUUCCUUUUCUGGAGCGAUACUAUGGUGGAAUCAGGACGUUGGUGCCGCUCAACGAGAGCGAGCCCGAAUACCCUCGCGAAAACGAGCCCAUUCCCCUGGGAGGUCCUGCCUCUGGAGAGGAAGAGGACGAGGAGAAUGAGAAGAGAUCCGAGACGAAGCCUGAGAAGAGAGCAGAAGGUAUCCAGAAGAAGGCGGUUCCUCCAAGCGCGGCAUGGAGCGAGCAUCCCAACCGAUCGGUAGAAGCUGGUGUAAAUGAGUGCUUCAUUGAUGCUGCGAAUCAGAUUCGUGUUCCCGAGCUCCGAUACUACACCGGCCGACCUCACGGCUUCCCAAUAAACAUUGGCGGCUCCUACGAGUUGCUCAAUCUACCAGAAGACAUUUGCUUCGAGCGAUACGGCCGCUACGGCCCCUAUGGCUUUGGAUACUCGUCUCGCAUGGGUGGUCUUGGCACCGGCGAACACAGCGAAAACGAGGGCGCCGAACUAGUCUGGGAUAGCAGACCUCAUGUUGACUUUAGGGAAGUGGACUGGGCAGAGGCCCAGCGCCGCUGUCUUCAUUCCAACGCGCAUAGGUUCAAGACCUUGCCGACCAGAAAGACCGGUCCUCAGGGCUUUGUCAACGCCGUGCCCGAGUCUGACAAGAGGCAGAAGCGGGACGAAGCUGCGACAGCUACUCCUACCACGGCAGCCGACACAGAGUCUAGCACAGCGGCAGAAACCUCUGAGACAGCUAGCAGCGAUAGCAUUGCAAAGACAGGACGAACCGCCAUUGUCUUUCGUUGCUGGGAUGAGUUCUUCUUCCGUGAGGAUGAUAUUGCCAACCUGCGGUCCAUGAUCAUGGAGCUGUCGCUUGGUUCUGGUGGCCGAUAUGACGUGCACCUUCUGGUCCAAGUCAAGAAUGACGCUGCCUACCCGAUCUGGGCGGAUCAAGAAGCCUACGAACAGCGAAUUCGUGAUGUGAUCCCCAAAGAGUUCCAGGGUCUCGCUACGUUGUGGACCGAGACACAAAUGCUCUCGCUCUACCAAGGCAUUCACGACAAGUGGACAGUUGGACCGGAUCACUCCGUCCACGGCUCAUACCGCGGACUCGUCAUGGCUAUGCAGCACUUUGCCUACAUGCACCCAGAGUACGACCACUUUUGGCACUGGGAGAUGGAUGUCCGCUACACCGGCCACUAUUACGAUCUGCUGACCAAGAUUGAGUCAUGGGCCCAGGAGCAGCCACGCAAGGGGCUUUGGGAGCGCAACGCACGCUUCUACAUUCCUACUACGCACGGCUCCUGGGACGACUUCAAGCACCUCGCACGCGUGCAGACCGAGACGGGCACGCUGUCGGCAGACAAUGUAUGGGGUAACCUGGCCAAGCCGAACGAGGGCGAGUCGCCGCAGACGCGCAAGGGCGACCGGUCCGUUUGGGGCCCGAUCCGUCCCGCCGACGAGAAUGACUGGUUCGAGCACGAGGAUGACCCCAUCCCGCCGACGACGUACGAGCACGACAAGUACCAAUGGGGCGUUGGCGAGGAGGCCGACUACAUCACGCUGAACCCCGUCUUCAACCCCGAGGGCACGACGUGGGGCCUGCGCGACGACAUCACCGGCUUCAACGAGUCGCACCCGCUGCCGCCGCGCCGCGCGAGCAUCAUCACGACGUCGCGCAUGAGCCGCCGCCUGCUGCUGUCGAUGCACCGCGCCACGACGUUCAAGAAGCAGUUUGCCUUUGCCGAGAUGUGGCCCGCGACCGUGGCGCUGCAGCACGGGUACAAGGCCGUCUUCGUGCCGCACCCGCUGUUCGUCGACCGCAAGUGGCCCGUCGAGUACCUGGCGAGCACGCUCAACGCGGGCCACAACGGCGCCACCGGCGGCGGCCGCGCCAGCGUCUACGGCGCGCGCGAGCACAACCUGCGCGGCCUCUCGUGGUUCUACAACACGGGCUUCGCGCCCAACCUGUACCGCCGCUGGCUCGGCCUCCGCGUCAACAAUGACGGCGGCGACGAGUUUGAAAAGACCGAGGACAAGAGCAAGCUGCAGGCAGGUGUCGCAGGUGUGGGCAGCAUGCCCGGCGGCGAAGGGCGGAUGUGUUUACCGCCGAUGCUGCUGCACCCCAUCAAGGGGGUUGAGCUCGCGGUCGAGGCGCCCCCGGAGGAAGGCGAGGAGGCGCUCGAGUCGGACCCGACGGCGUGA